AUGGCAGGCUUGUCCACUUUAAUCCUCCUUUUGUGUGCUGCUAAAGAUGUGGUGCCCUCCAGUUCCCACUGGAAGCCAACUUGGCCAUCUUACAGAGUUCCAGUUAUCCUGCCACAGUCAACCCUUAACUUGGACAAACCACAGUUCGAUGCUGAAGCUAGACUGGAAGUGGUAUCUCCCUGUGGCCCAGCAUGUCACAAAAGUUCUCCGCUGCCAACUUACGAAGAAGUGAAGAACUACCUGUCCUAUGAAACCUUGUACGCUAAUGGUAGCCUCACCGAAACUGAAGUGGGCAUAUAUAUUCUGAGCAACAGCGGUGAUGGGUCUCAAGGCAAAUCUCGAACUAAGAGGCAGAUUUAUGGCUAUGACAGCAGGUUUAGCAUUUUUGGGAAAGACUUCUUGUUGAAUUAUCCAUUCUCUACAUCGGUGAAGCUGUCUACAGGUUGCACAGGGACGCUGGUGGCUGAAAAGCAUGUUCUUACUGCAGCUCAUUGUAUCCAUGAUGGCAAGAGUUAUGUCAAAGGAGCUCAGAAACUGCGGGUGGGGUUCCUGAAGCCCAAACUGAAAGAUGGCAGCAAAGGGGCCAAUAUCACCAACUCGGCAAUGCCUGAGAAAAUGAAAUUCCAGUGGAUCCGAGUGAAACGGACACAUGUCCCGAAAGGAUGGAUCAAAGGCAAUGCCAAUGACAUUGGCAUGGAUUAUGACUAUGCCCUGCUGGAGCUGAAAAAGCCUCAUAAAAGAAAGUUUAUGAAGAUAGGUGUGAGCCCACCAGCAAGACACUUGCCUGGAGGGAGGAUUCACUUCUCUGGCUAUGACAAUGAUCGUCCGGGAAACCUGGUUUACCGUUUCUGUGAUGUCAAAGAUGAAACGUAUGACCUGUUGUACCAGCAGUGCGAUGCCCAGCCAGGUGCAAGUGGAUCUGGGGUGUACGUGAGGAUGUGGAAGAGGCAGAAUCACAAAUGGGAGCGUAAAAUUAUUGGAAUAUUUUCAGGCCAUCAGUGGGUGGACAUGAAUGGCACCCCACAGGAUUUCAAUGUAGCUGUUCGCAUCACACCCCUCAAAUAUGCACAGAUCUGUUACUGGAUCAAAGGCAACUACCUUGACUGCAGGGAAGGAUAAAGACAAUGAAACUCCUUGAAAGCACUUAAUGACUGAUUUUAAUUACUCAUCUGAGGAAAGGCUAGACUUCUGCUGCAAACGUGUGUGAUACGAUCUUGUAACACUGGGAUGUGAUAUAUAACUUGUCAAGCAAGCCACCUUGUUCUUGGGACAGGGGCUGUGUGGUGCUGUCGUUACAGCUCGAAACUGGGGAGAAAGGAACGUCUGCUGGGUGGGGAAGGAGCAGGUGGACUUGCAGAAUUUGCAGCUGAGUAACUGAAGAUUAAUUAGGGGCGGAUCAGUAAACAGUACAAAAUCAGAACCGUCUCCAAAGAAUCUUAUAAAAGGGACGCUGUUGACUAUCUCAUGCCUACAAUGUUUGUUUUAAUAAAUCCUAGGAUUAGUAGAAAUGCUUUGAUCUGAACUUUUAAAAGAAAAUAUUUCUAUGCUGUUGGGGGCUGAAGAGGGGCAUUUAACGGUGUUUGCAACCCAAACAUUACAGCUUUGUGUUCCUGCAUGAGAAAGGGAGUGUGAAAAGGGCAAGGCAUGCGCUGUGGGAGAUGAAUGUCGCACAAAUAGCGUGAAGGGUAAAUAACUGUAUAACAUUCUAACCUUCUUUCGGCCUGAGUGAUUUGAGACUUUAUUAGUAACAUAGUUAAUAAAAAUGCCUUUUGAGCAAACAGACCUUGAUGUUG